AACCCCCUACCCUCCUUCCUCUUCUCUCUGGUUCACUCUCUCCUCCCUUUCCCGAAGAGCCUCCUCCUCCCUCACCUCCCUUCGUCCUGUUACCUCUCUCUCUGGUUUGCUUCAUUGUACCACGAUGCAUCAGGGCUGCGUCUGGGGGCUCCUUUUCAUCCUGUCCCUCACAGUGGGGGGGACGAAGGCUCAGCAGACCAACUACACCAGGCCUGUGUUCCACUGUGGAGGAGACCAGGUGGCAGAGUCUGGUUUUGUUGGCAGUGAGGGGUUCCCCAGCUUCUACAGACCCAGCAGUAAAUGCACCUGGCGCAUUACAGUACCAGAGGGGAACGUGRUCACGCUCUCCUUCCGUGUUUUCGACCUGGAGGCAGACUCUCAGUGUCGCUAUGAUUACCUGGACGUCUWCAACGGACACUCCAGCUCGGCACAGAAGCUGGGUCGUUUCUGUGGGACAUUCCGUCCCGGCAGUCUGAUCUCCACCUCUAACACCAUGAUGCUAGAGAUGGUGACUGACGCAGAGACUCAGUCCAGAGGAUUUGUGGCCUUUUUCAGUGGAAUAAAACCUUAUGUUAACGACCAACAGGUCUGUGGGGGCAAAAUGACAAAAUCCCAGGGAGAGAUCAUGACGCCCAACUGGCCGGAAAAGAAAUACCCUCCAGGAACCAGCUGCUCCUGGCUCGUCACUGUGGAGCCGGACAGGGCCAUCCAGGUGACAUUUGACAAGUUUCUCCUCGAGGCUGACACCUACUGUCGCUUCGACUACGUGGCAUUCUUCAACGGCGGAGAGCGAGACGAUUCGCGCCUGAUUGGGAAAUACUGCGGCGACCGGGCGCCACCACCCAUAGUGACCAGYGGGAACGAGAUGCUGGUCCAGUUUGUGUCUGACCUCAGCGUGACGUCUGACGGGUUCCUCGCCUACUACACCAGCGUCCCCCGUGGAGCUCAGCCCCCAGCGGUCGACUCAGGAGCCGCCACGAGAUCCGUCCCUUCACAACCUGCUGUCAGACCUGCCGAGCCCAAACGUCCUGUUGUCACGCUCCCGCCACCCGUCCCCACCACCGCUAAAUAUGUCCCGCCUCCUCCUGCAAAGCCAACGAGAGGCCGCAUCAUUAGACCAAAUGGGAAGAGGCCCGUUGCCCAAAAACCCAUGUGUGCCAAAGCCUGUAGGAGAAGYGGAACCAUCAAGACCAGUUUCUGUUCCAGUGAAUUUGUAAUAACUGGGAAGAUUUCCUCCCUAACCGCCGGACCUCGAGGCACCCUCAACAUCAACGUCUCUCUCAUCAAAGCCUACAAGGCGGGUCGCCUGAGUAUUGCUCAGGUUGGGGAGACCAUGUCAGUGAAGCUGGUGUCACAGUGCAAGAAGUGCCCUCUGCUCCGCCGAGGAGAAAACUACAUCAUCAUGGGUCAGGUGGAUGAAGAUGGGCGUGGCACCUUGGAGCCAGGUGCCUUCACGGCUCCGUACAAAACGGCACACAACAAAUUACUGAUGAACAUCAAMAACCAGCCGUGUUAAUGCCCAGGAAACCAUCAAGCAUAAACCAGGAGUUCAGACUGUUUAAUGUGGAUUCCUAUAAAAAAAAACAAUACCACACAGUUUUAUACAAAGUUUAAAAUAAUUAUAUUUUAUUCCCACACCUGCCAAACCUUUUAUUUGUAAUAUUUCUAAAGAUGAAUAAAAGUUUUAUAUCUUAUUGAAAAGGUUGAAUGUGUCGCCACCUUGUGGACAUAUUACACAUCAGUAAAAGACAAUCAGCUUUUCUUUGUUUCCAGAAAGCAUUAGAUAGAGUGGGUUUGUGUUUUAAAUCAACUUAGACUAAUUUACAUGUAAUAAAGUUAUAUAUGUCUUUA